CACACCACCCGAGUCGACCCCGACCUACCCACCCUCCCCUCUCCUCUCCUCCAGAUAUCAAUCAAUUCCGCACCCCCUCCUUGGAUCCAAACCCUUCCCAUCACUCUCGCUUGACAGCAGAGAGGAGCAGAUAGGAGCAGAGAGGAGACCAUGUCGUCGUCCGGUGGCAAGGUGUUCACCCUCGAGGAGGUCGCCAAGCACACCUCCAAGGACGACUGCUGGCUAGUCAUCGGCGGCAAGGUGUACAAUGUGACCAAGUUUCUUGAUGACCACCCUGGAGGCGACGAUGUCUUGCUGUCUUCAACCGCCAAGGACGCGACCGACGACUUUGAGGACGUGGGGCACAGCACGACCGCCCGGGCGAUGAUGGAUGAGUACUAUGUUGGUGAGAUCGACGCGACCACGAUACCCACCAAGGUCAAGUACACGCCGCCCAAGCAGCCGCACUACAACCAGGACAAGACCCCCGAGUUCGUCAUCAAGAUCCUCCAGUUCUUGGUCCCCCUCGCGAUACUGGGCUUGGCCGUCGCCGUACGUAUCUACACCAAGGCGGAGUCUGUCUAGCACCGUCGUCUUAUACCAGUCAGUCAGUCAGUCAUUCGGAAGUGUCCAAGAGCUGAAUAAGUUUUAGUGGGGAUUUGCAUUUUGUACCAGCGUCACCGUCCUGUCAUGAAAUCUGGGAACUGUUCUCGACCCGUCGUUGCGUUAUGGUUCUAAGACGUCCGCUGUUGAAAUCGUGACUCGGGAAAACGGAUAGAUACUUGGCUAUAUUUUCCAUAUCGCUGGUGAAUGUUCAGACAUACAUAUUCUUAAUUUGAUGUGAUUAGUUGUGUAUGUGUCA